AUGAAUCUGCGCAACGUCCUCUGGAUUUGGCAGCGUGAGAUCCGUGAUCAGUUCCGCGAUCGGCGGACGCUGUUCAUGGUCGCGGUGCUGCCGGUGCUGAUGUACCCGCUGCUGGGGACCAGCAUGUUCCAGCUGGCGCAGUUCAUGCGUCAGACGACGGGCAAGGUCGCCAUCUACGGCGCCGACGAACUGCGCGACGUCGAGGGGCUGCCGGCGCUGGUGGACGGGGACCGAUUCGCGGCCGACCUGUUUAUCGACCCAGAAGAACGCGGGCGGCUGAAAGUCGAGGAGCGGUCGGCGCCGGCCGGCGAGCGGCUUGCUAUGGCCGAGGCGGCGGUCGCCGGCGGUGAGAUCGACGCCGCGAUCUGUUUUCCCGACGACUUUGCCGAGGGCGUUGAGCGUUCGCGCGAAGCCAAGACGACCGACGCCGCCGCGGUAGCGCCGCCACAGCCCGCCGUCCGGUUCAACUCGAGCCGUGAGUCGUCACAGCUCGCCGGCCUGCGCGUAACGAGCUUGUUGCGGCGUUGGAGCGACGCCGUUGUCGCCGGCAACCUGCGGGCCCGCAACGUGCCGAUUGCGGCGACACAGCCCUUCUCGGUUGACCAGGUCGAUGUGGCGCCGAAGGAAUCCCGCAACGCCCAGCUGUGGGCCAAGCUGCUGCCGUUCAUUGUCUUCCUAUGGGCGCUCACCGGGGCGUUUUACCCCGCGAUCGACCUCUGUGCUGGCGAGAAGGAACGCGGCACGCUCGAGACGCUGCUGGCGAGCCCCGCGCGGCGCAGCGAGAUUGUCGGCGGCAAGCUGCUGACGGUGAUGACUUUUAGCAUCUUCACGGCGCUAUUGAACCUGGCGAGCCUCGCUUUGACGGCCAAGGUGCUGAUGGGUCAGCUGGCCGGAAUGGCGGGCCUCGGCGCCGCGUUCGCUCCGCCGCCGGUGUCGGCGAUGCUCUGGCUGGUGGUCGCGGUGCUGCCGAUGUCGGCGCUGUUCAGCGCCCUGUCGCUCGCUUGCGCGGCGUACGCGCGGAGCACGAAGGAGGGGCAGUACUACUUCAUGCCGCUGUUCCUCGCCGCGACGCCGCUGAUGCUGAUGCCCACGGCGCCGGGGGUCGAACUCAACCUCGGCAACAGCCUAGUCCCCGUGAUGGGGCUCGUGUUGCUGCUGCGGGCGACGAUCGAGGGCCAGGUCGCGCAAGCCGCGCUGUACCUCGCCCCGGUGAUCGCGGUGACGGCGGUCUGUUGCUGGCUGGCGAUGCGGUGGGCGGUGUCGCAGUUCAACCAAGAGUCGGUGCUGUUCCGUGAGAGCGAACGGUUCAGCCCCAAGGCCCAACUCGCCGCGAUGGUCCGCCGCCGGGGCGAGACGCCCUCCGCCGCCGCCGCGAUGGCGUGCGUCGCGGGGAUCUUCCUGUUGCGGUCCUUGCUGACGCCGCUGAUGCCGGCGCCGAUCCAGGGCGAAUCGGGCUUCGGCUAUCUGGCGGUCCUAACCAUCCUCUCGCAGCUCCAGAUCCUGGCGCCGGCCCUGGCGGUGGCUUGGUUGCUGACGCGCGACCCGCUCCGCAGCCUGCUGCUUAAGGGUCCCGUUCGCGGUCGGGACAUCGCUGUCGCCGCCCUCGCCGCCCUCUGCCUGAUCCCGCUGAGUGAGCGGCUCAAGACGGGCAUCCAGGGGCUCUACCCCUUGCCGGAGGGUGUCGAGGCCCAGUUGGGCGAGGUUUCGCGAUGGAUCACGGACUCGCCUUCAAUCGCUCUAACGGUGCUGCUGCUCGCCGUGCUGCCGGCGGUUUGCGAAGAGCUUGCGUUCCGCGGCGUUGUGCUCUCGGGUUUGCGCAAGUCGCUGGGCGAUCUGGGCGGCGUUCUGAUGACGGCGGUCUUCUUCGGCGCCGCCCACACGGUGCUCCAGCAGUCGCUCGCCGCGGCUCCAGUAGGCUUUUUGCUGGGACUUAUCGCUGUCCGCACCGGUUCGUUGAUCCCGUGUGUUGUGUUCCAUGCGGUGUACAACGCGUUACAGCUUGUCUCGGCACUCAAUGCAGAGGCAAUCCGCAACGUCGCCGCUAGCUGGGGCGUUCAUGACAUGGUUUUCAUCGAAAUGCCAGCCGAACAGCUAGGCUACGCGACGCCCUUUGCUAUCCUGGGGGGCGUCGCGGCGGCCGGGCUCAUCUGGGCGCUUGGCAGCCACGACCGCGGCAAACCGCAGGCGUCGAGACGGAACCUCCGACGCCUGGGGACCGUCCUGUAUUUGGCGGAGGCAUCCAGCGGGAUGCGUCCGCCACCCAAGACGCGGCCCACCGCGACGAACCACCAGCCG